GCCAAUAGUGGAUGGCUUCCCAUGUCGAUGACAAAACAAAACCCUUGACUUUCAACUUCUUCAGUAGCGUACAGCUGGCCUUUUAUUUUUUAAACCAUAUCCUUACUCGUUCCAUCCCCACCAUCAGAUCAAUCAGGUUCUCCUCGAGUUCCCAUUUUUGUAUUACUCUCUUGCAGUAAGUAAUACACGCUGCUGCAAUGUAUGGCAGCCGACACGUCUAAACAGAAAGCAUAAUUCUUUCACAGUUCACACACCAUUCCCACUACAACAACUUAAUAAACUAUAUGCGUUAUGGAAAUUCAGCCAUGUGCCUAGCAGGGUCCAUACUCGAUUAAGGAAGAAAGUAUUAUCAAAGAAAGAAACUUUACUGUUACCUCUCAGCACUCUUCUGGUAUGGAUUGCAGAAAACCCUUCGACCUGCACCUACUGCUCCUUCUCCUUCUCCUUCUCUUUGUCUAUUCCUCAAACUCCAUCUUCAAAUUCACUUCCUGCAAUGGACAACAAGUAACAGUCGGAGGAUGCUUAAGACAAGAGAGAACAGCGCUUUUAGCUUUCACGCAGGGUCUCGUCGAUCCUUCGGCCCGCCUGUCUUCUUGGGGUGGAAACAAUUGCUGCAGUUGGCGAGGCAUUGAGUGCGACAACAAGACUGGGAAUGUAAUGAAGCUUGAUCUCCGCAACUCGUUCCCCAUCAACCUCGAACCAUACUCAAUGACCACAGAGCAACUGGACGCCUACAAACUGUCAUGCCUCGGAGGUCAGUUGAAUUCCUCUUUGCUUCAACUGGAUCACUUGACUCACCUGGACUUGAGCUUGAACGACUUCGAAGGACUCCAAAUCCCGGAGUUCUUGGGCGAGUUCAAGCACCUGAGGUAUCUCAACCUCUCGUAUGCAUCAUUUGCUGGACUGGUCCCUCCCCAUCUCGGCAAUUUGUCAACCUUGCAUUACCUGGACAUCUACGCCGAUUCAUUCAGCGCAGGUGGCCGUCAGGGGAUGGAGAUAGAGAACCCAUCUUGGCUCUCUGGUCUCUCCUCUUUGAAACACCUCAAUCUCGGUUUUGUAACCAUUCAUAGCACUGAUGCGAAGUGGCUGCACGCUGUCAAUAUGAUUCCUUCUCUGCUGGAGUUGUACUGCCAUGGCUGUGAGCUUCAAGAUAUGGCAGUCACGUUGCCAUUUGUCAAUUUCAGUUCGCUUUCAGUCCUCGAUCUGUCGCAAAAUUUAUUUAACUCUUCGUUUCCGGAGUGGCUGUCUACUCUUACUAGCUUAACUAGACUAGAUCUCAGCACCAAUUCUUUCAGUGGUUCCAUCGCUGUUGACUUUGGGAAGUUUGAAUCUCUGGAGGACCUCCAUUUGUCAUUGAACAACUUCAGCGCUCCUGUGCCAGUCACGUUGGGAAACCUCUGCUACUUGAGGAAGUUGGGACUUGCAUCAGGCAGAUUCAGUGGGGACAUUUCGGGGUUGCUGAAUUCCUUUACUGGGUGUCAGACUGUGAGCUUGGAAAUGCUUAAUCUGAACUCGAACGACUUAGUGGGAGAAUUGCCCGAUUCAAUUGGACUUUUCAAGAAUCUGAAACAUCUGGACCUUGCUUACAACUCUCUCUGGGGUUCUAUUCCAGCAUCCAUUGGCAACUUAUCAGCAUUGGAAGUUCUGUACCUGCACUCGAACAAGAUGAACGGCAGCAUCCCUGAAAGUUUUGGCCGACUUUCUGAGCUAAGAGAUUUGAAUCUCAUUGCAAAUUCAUGGCAAGGAGUCAUAACAGAAGCUCACCUGAUGAAGCUCACCAGAUUGGAAAGCUUGAUGCUUUCAUCCAGCUCCCUGGUGUUCAAGGUGGAUCCCCAGUGGAUCCCUCCUUUCAGGCUCGACUAUCUUCAACUCGAGGAUUGUACUGUGGGCCCUCCAUUUUCCACUUGGCUUCAAGUUCAGAAUCGUCUGACGCAGGUGAAACUCCAAAAUGUCGGCAUUUCUGACACCAUACCAAAGGAAUGGUUUUCUGAGUUGUCAGCUGAAAUCCUCGUCAUGGACCUGUCAGAGAAUCAGAUCAGGGGCGAGCUUCCUGAAGAACUGGUUUCUCCCAAAUUAGAAAUGCUAGAUCUUUCCUCCAAUCGCUUUGAAGGAUUUCUCCCACGCUGGUCUACCAAUGCAACUCAGUUUUACAUCCAUGAGAACUCACUCUCAGGUCCAAUACCUCGGGACGUUGGCACGCUGAUGCCAAGAUUGCGAAACCUUCACCUCUCAGACAACACUCUAAACGGCACAAUUCCACUAUCCAUAUGCAAGAUGGCAGACUUGCAAGUUCUUUCUCUCCGGAACAAUUACCUUUCAGGAGAGCUACCUGACUGCUGGAGGGAUUUGUCAACGUCAUCCUUGUGGGUCGUUGAUGUUUCAAACAAUAGCAUAUCAGGUGAGAUUCCUAGCUCGAUGGGACUGCUGAGAUCGCUUGGAAUGCUGCUAUUGAGCGAAAACAAUCUGGUCGGAGAAAUCCCAUCUUCAUUGCAGAACUGCUCGGCAUUGACCAGCAUCGACCUUGGAGAAAACCAGCUCUCAGGGGAAAUACCUUCAUGGUUGGGAGAAAAUUUAUCCGCCACUUUUGUGCUCCGUCUUCGAUCUAACCAGUUCCACGGGCAGAUCCCAGAAGCACUCUGCAAUCUCCCGCUGCUUCAUUUCUUGGACCUGUCCCACAACAAUCUUUCGGGUGGGAUCCCCAAGUGCCUGGACAACUUGACCGCCAUUGUCUACGGAAACAGCAGCGAGUUGUAUUAUCGGGACUUCCAGUUCCGUAUGGCCUACUUCAAGGAGGAAACCAAGGUGGUGACCAAAGGGAGAGCAUACGAUUACAACCGGAAUCUAGCUCUGUUGAAUGUCAUUGAUUUCUCGGAGAACAACUUGAGUGGCCCAAUCCCCGAAGAGAUGACAAAGCUUCUGUCGCUUAGGGUGCUGAACUUGUCGAGCAACCAUAUCAGUGGAGCCAUUCCAGAGAAAAUAGGAGACCUGAAAGUCCUGGAAACGUUAGACUUGUCUCAUAACCAGCUCUCCGGGGAGAUCCCAGCAACCUUGUCGUCCUUAACAUUUUUGACGCAUUUGAUAGUCUCAUAUAACAACUUUUCAGGGAAGAUUCCAGCAGGAAGACAGCUCCAAACAUUUGAUGCAUCUUCCUACCAGGGUAACCCCUUCCUCUGUGGAUUUCCUUCCCGAGUUAAAUGUCCAACAGAAAGUAUAACAACAACAGCACCACCAACAACUGGAACAGAACCAGAGGACGAAGAAGACGAAAUCUUUGAAUUGGGUACUGGACUGUAUGUUAGUAUAGUACUAGGGUUCGGAUUCGGGUUCUUGGGACUCUCUGUAACUCUACUGAGAAAAGUGUUCAGGAAAAAAGACAACGAAUGGUGAACUUUUUUGGAUAGCUUACUUGUGAUAUGUACCAAUAAAAGGCUUAACAUUUCAAUAACAUUUCCUCAAAGCU